AGAAGAAGACGAAGAAGAAGAAGAAGAAGACGAGGAGGGAGAAGAGGAGGAGGAGGCCACACGGACACCAACUGAAACAAAGUAUUUCCAAACCAGCACCCAACUCCACCUUGUGAGGCUUCCCAGCAUGGCUUCCGAGGAACUCUACGAGGUAGAGAGAAUUGUUGACAAGAGGAAAAACAAGAAGGGAAAAACAGAGUAUCUGGUGCGAUGGAAAGGAUACGACAGUGAAGAUGAUACAUGGGAGCCAGAACAGCACCUUGUUAAUUGUGAAGAAUAUAUACAUGAAUUUAACAGACGCCACAAUGAAAAGCAGAAGGAAAGCACAUUAACCAGGACAAACAGGACCUCUCCAAAUAAUGCCAGAAAACAAAUUUCUAGAUCUACCAAUAGUUCUUUUUCAAAGACAUCUGCUAAAUCUUUAGUUAUGGGUAAAGACCAUGAGCCAAAAAAUAAUCAACUUUUUUCUGCCACCCAGAAGUUCCGGAAAAACAAUGCACCAUCUCUUUCUGGAAGAAAAAACGUGGAUCUUGCAAAAUCAGGUAUUAAAAUCCUAGUGCCCAAAAGUCCAAUUAAGAGCCGGACAACAGUUGAUGGCUUCCAGAACGAAAGCCCGGAUAAAAUGGACCAUAUAGAGCAGGAUCAAGAAGACUCUGUAGCACCAGAAGUAGCAGCAGAAAAACCAGUGGGAGCUUUAUUAGGACCUGGUGCAGAGCGUGCUAGGAUGGGGAGCCGACCAAGGAUACACCCGUUAGUGCCACAAUUGCCAGUGCCAGUAACAGCCACAAUCGCAUCAGCAUUAACAAUAAAUGGAAAAGCAUCUCCCUGUAUUCUUCCCAGUGUUCUUUACUUCCUAUUUUCUUGUACAUCCACCUUCAUGGAAGCAUUAGCAGCCAAUGGUACAACCAACCUGCAGACAUCUGUAACAGGGGUGACAGCCAGCAAACGGAGGUUCAUUGAUGAGAGGAGAGAUCAACCUUUUGAUAAGAGGCUCCGUUUCAGCGUGAGACAAACGGAGAGCGCGUACCGGUACAGAGACAUCGUUGUCAGGAAACAAGAUGGAUUCACACACAUUUUGCUAUCAACAAAAUCAUCUGAAAACAAUUCACUAAAUCCAGAGGUAAUGAAGGAGGUCCAAAGUGCACUGAACACGGCAGCUGCAGAUGACAGCAAACUUGUGCUGUUCAGCGCAGUUGGUAGCAUUUUCUGCUGUGGUCUUGAUUUUAUUUAUUUUAUACGACGUUUAACAGAUGAUAGAAAAAAGGAAAGCACUAAGAUGGCAGAAGCUAUUAGGAAUUUUGUGAAUACUUUUAUUCAGUUUAAGAAGCCCAUCAUUGUAGCAGUAAAUGGCCCAGCCAUUGGACUCGGAGCAUCUAUAUUGCCUCUGUGUGACGUGGUUUGGGCUAAUGAGAAGGCUUGGUUUCAGACACCAUACACUACUUUUGGACAAAGUCCAGAUGGAUGCUCAUCCCUCACAUUCCCUCGGAUAAUGGGCCUGGCUUCUGCCAAUGAAAUGUUGUUCAGUGGAAGGAAGUUGACUGCGCAGGAAGCUUGUGCCAAAGGACUCGUCUCUCAAGUGUUUUGGCCAGGAACAUUCACACAAGAAGUAAUGGUUCGAAUUAAGGAACUUGUCACAUGUAAUUCAGUUGUACUUGAAGAAUCCAAAGCUUUAGUACGCAAUAUCAUGAAGGUGGACUUGGAACAGGCAAAUGAAAAGGAGUGUGAAGUUUUGAAGAAAAUCUGGGGCUCAGCACAAGGGAUGGACUCGAUGUUAAAAUACCUGCAGAAGAAAAUCGAUGAGUUCUGAGAUGCCCAUUGACACUGGAAUUGUAUUUCUUGGACAUCAGGGCAGAAAAGUUAUGCCCAUUUUUUAAAAAUCUAUAUAAACUCACCCCUUGCUCAGCUUGGGAACAGGACUGGAUCCUCCCCCUCCCCCCUUUUAUUGUUAAGGGGUUUAAAAGUACUGUAUCACUUAAAUUUGAACAAAACUCCUUUCUCCCUAAAUGUUACAUAUAGAUAUAUAUACACACACACAAGUGUAUGUGUGUGCAUAUAUAUGUCUUUUAUAUAUAUAUAUAAAUAUAUAUAAUGUAAUGUGUGGGUGAGUGUGUAUGUAGACACACACACACAGCUGAA